AUGAAUAGUCAGAUUGAGGAUAAAAAAUUGAGGGAAGAUAAUGAUGCAGAUAAUAAAACUCAGGAAGACUCAAGUGAUGUUAAUAAAAAUACAGAAUUAGAAAAAUUAAAUUCUUUUAGUCAUAAUGCUUCUUCAGCUUCUACAUCAUCUCAAGCAGAUAAUGAUGAUGAUGAACCUAUAACAGAAAAGUAUAUCAUUCAAAUGCUCAAUGAAUGUUGUAAAGUUUGUGACUUCACUAAUGAUAUUAAUUUAGAAGAGAUAGAAAGAAAACGAGGAAAAUUACUGGAAUUAGUUGAAAUUUUUUCACAUCCUGGUUUUGAACAAACACCAGAAUUAUGGGAUGCUUUAACAAAAAUGUUUGCAGAAAAUGUUUUUAGAGUUCUAUCACCUCCAACAGUUGGUCCCAGUGGAGAAUUUGAUCCAGAAGAAGAUGAACCUCAGACAGAUCCUUCGUGGCCCCAUCUUCAACUUGUGUAUGAGAUAUUUCUUAGAGCUAUUGGAUCUACUGAUUUUAAAGCUCCAGUGGCUAAACCUUUUAUGGAACGUGAUAUGUUUGCUGUCAAAAUACUGGAUCUUUUUGAUAGUGAAGAUCCAAGAGAAAGAGAUAUUUUAAAAUCAACAAUUCAUCGUAUUUAUGCAAAGUUUCUUCCUCUUAGAACAACAUUAAGAAAACACAUAAAUAAUAUUUUUUAUACAUUUAUUUAUGAAACCGAAAGACAUAAUGGAAUAGGAGAGUUAUUAGAAAUAUUGGGAAGUAUAAUAAAUGGAUUUGCUUUACCAUUGAAAAGUGAGCACAAAUGUUUUUUGUUUCGUGUCCUUAUGCCAUUACACAAGCCCAAAUGUUUAUCCCUUUAUCAAAUACCACUCUCAUAUUGUGUGGUGCAAUUUGUAGAAAAAGACCCAAGUUUGUCUGAACAGAUUAUCCUUAAUUUAUUGAGAUAUUGGCCAAAAAAUAAUAGUUCAAAAGAAAUAAUGUUUUUAAAUGAAAUUGAAGAGGUAUUGGAUGUUAUGGAAAGUAAACAUUUUGAAAGUGUUAUGAUACCAUUAUGUCAACAAUUAGCAAAGUCAGUGUCAUCUCCUCACUUUCAAGUUUCUGAAAGAGCACUGUUUUUUUUUAAUAAUGAGUAUGUUAUGAACCUUAUUACAGAAUAUGCCUCAACUUUGAUUCCAAUUGUUUUCCCUGCUCUCUAUAAAACAAGUAAAACUCAUUGGAACAAAACAAUUGGUGGUUUAAUAUAUAACGCGAUGAAGGUUUUUAUGACAGCUAAUCAAUGUUUAGUAAAUGAAUGUACUGAAAACUUCAAUAAAGAACUUCAACGACAAGAGGAACAACAAAAAAAUAAAGAAAAAAUGUGGAAAAAAGUUGAAAGAUUAGCGAAAGAAAAUCCUUACUAUCAUAUUUAUGCUGGUCUACAAGAUGACUCAAAAUCUUCAAAUGACGGUAAUAUGACAAGUUCUGAAAUUGCUCUUUGUAAAGAAUUAAUUCAUGAACAUUUCGGUUCUAAAUCUGUUCUUGUCGCGGAUUUACUUCUUUCUGAACCACUAACACUUUUAGAAUUGAAGAAAAUUUUGAUAAAACAACUUACAAUUGGAGAAAUUAGAGAAAUACUUCUUAUUUUUGAUCAUCAUCAAAUUUUAACAUAUUCCAUUGGAAAAAUAAAUACAUAUUUUAUGGUUGCUGAAAAUAUUAUUCGUUUAGCUAGAGUACCACGUUUAUUAAAGGAUAUUCAAAAUUUUUUUGGUAAAUAUGGUGUUGGAAUUGUCCAAUUUUUAAUCACACGAGGGCAAACAAGUAUGUCAGAUUGUAUUAGAAAUGUAACACAAAAAUUAGAUGGUGAUAUUAGCGAUAUUUCAAAAGUUUUUAGAAAAUUAGCAGAGCAAAGUGUUAUCAAGAGGAAAGCAACGGUUCUUAAUAAUGAUCUUGGUUACCCAACAUAUGUUCAAAAUGAAGAUCUUUCUGAAUGUCCAAUUAUUGUUUGUGAUGGAAAGGAGAAAAGCAUUGUAGUAGAGGGUAUAAAUUGUAUUAAAAAAAUUAAAAAAGUAUUCGAUGAUGGUGAUAGUGAUAUUUUGUGGACUGUAAAUUGGUUUCGUUGUGAUUAUCUUGUUAGGGAUUCACAAAUUACACAAUUACUUAUACUUUUUGCUCCAACUCAUCCUGAUACAGUUGGGAUAAUUUCAGCAUUAAUGAGAAUUGGUAAUACUAGAAAUAAUUUGGAUGCUGCUUGUUCACAACCAAUAUCUGCUUUUGAUGUUAUUAAAUCUGCAAGUAUAUCAAAUGCAAAAUCUAAAGAAUGUAUGGAUUUAUUAAGGUGUUUAAGUGAAGAAAGUAAUGGUGUUUUAAGAAGAAUGGGCGAAGGUAAUGGUGGAUUGUAUAUAAUUGACUAUGAAAAAGCUAUUGAAGAAUUAUUGGUUAAAAACGUACAAGCAUUUAUUAGAGAAAGAAUAGAUGAUAGAGCAGCCAGGAUCUUUUGUUUGUUAAUUAAAAAAGGAUAUCUUGAAGAAGAUCAAAUAGAAAGACAUGCUAUGAUACCUUCUAAAGAAGCAAAGGAAGUAUGUUCACUAUUAUUAAAUGAAAGUCUUAUAGAAUUAAGGCACAUUUCAAAAACAGGUGAUUUUGCACCAUCUAAAACAAUAUAUCUUUACUCAGUUAACCUAAAACAUGUUGCUAAUUAUCUUUAUAUGUAUUGUCUUCAAGCUCUAAGAAAUUUAAUUCAUAGAAGGCAUGCACAAGCAGAAAAACAUCGCAAUCUUACUGUUAGGGUUUUAAAAAGGGAUUACAUUGUAGAGACAAUUAAGAAUGAUGCCAAUUUAAGUGAUGAAGAUAAAGAAUUGCAAGUACAGGAAGCCAACGAUACAUUUUUAAUAGGUGAUGAUGCCGCUGUAUAUGAAAAACUAAAAAAUGAUGAAAUAGGUUUAUUUGCAAGAGAAAUUGAGGCUGAAGGAGUUGCGUUUUCUGCAAUACAACUUUUAAAAUUUAAAAAUACAACUAAACCUUAA